AAUCGAGCGUGCGCGCCAGCGUGAUGAUCAUGAACACAUUCGCCGAAUUUCCAGGCCUCCGGAGUCUGCGUCAAGUGUCACACGGUAGUGUCGUGUUUUACAAUAAUUCACGGCUAUGCUACGUGAGAACUUUGCCUUGGUUAAUCACAGCCAAUGUUCCGCAGACAGCUGUCUCAUUGGACUAUGCUAAAAUUUCUGGGGACUUACAUGUCUUGGUCGAGUCCGGUCCGUCCGAGGAGGUUUGUGCCAAGCUUGGGGCCGAAUGUCACGAAGCCUGCGACCAACCAUUCGGGUGCUGGGGUCCAGGUCCAGACCAAUGCGUACGAUGCCUCCACCGAAGAGCUGGAAGGCAUCGAUGUGUGAUGUCAUGUGACGGCCUCAGUGGAUUUAUGUCUGAUCGUUUGUCUGUACCGGCGCCCGUCGAUCCAGACUCUGGUGAAGGACAUGAUAGCCACAAGUCAUUGGGAAACGGAACAAUCGACACAGCACUGGGCUCUGUGGACGCAGAUUACACAUGUCUUCCGUGUCAUCCGGAAUGCCUUCAAACAUGCUCCGGUCCGGGCGCACAUCAAUGCAUCGGGGAUUGUAAAACCGCUUGG